AUGAAGCUAAUCCUUUUUCUGACUCUCAUCUGGGCGCUCUCCAGCACAGCUGGAGCCCUUCAGUGUCAAAACUGCACAAAUGAGCAGUGUUCAAGCACAGUACCAGUUAAUUGUUCCUCAGAGAUGAUGUGUAUAACAGCUUCCAUUCAAGCCACUUCAUCUGGAACUCCAGCUCAGCAAAUCUACAAGGCGUGUGCACCGUCCUCCUUGUGUCCAUCCACAGGCUCUCAGACAUUUUCAGCCAACUUGGGUGGUUCAAGUGCAGCUGCAUCUGCUAAGUGCUGCAACAUAGAUAACUGCAACUCAGAAACUCUAGCUUUCCCUGCUGCUCAGUCAUAUAACAGCCUGCAGUGUCUCACUUGUGACCCCGUCACCUCUCAAUGCACCACUACAUUACAGUGUAAGGGAGUUGAGGACUACUGCUUUCAAGCCAGUGUGACAAGUGGGUCCAUGACUUUACCAGCCUUUGGGUGUGCAUCUAUGAACCUGUGUACAGCUGCUAAAAGCCUGGGUACGCUACCUUUUAUGCAAAAUGUUGGUAGCAUAAGCAGUGGACCAAACUGCUGUGGGACCAAAUUACCUUGUAACAACAACCCGAAGACCAAAUACAACAACAACCAUCCCUACAACAACAACCAUCCCUACAACAACUACUGGCCCAACUACAACUACUGUUUAACAACCACCACUGCUGCCCCAACAACCACCAUUGGCCUAACUUCAACAACC